UGGAUUCGUACCUGUAUUCUGAGGGCUUUGAAAUUUUAUUUUAUUUUAAUAAGUAUAAGUAAUAUCUCAGAAGAGUAUUUACUUUUUUGUAGCAGUUGUGCUUUGACAUGAAGUUCAUCCGAAACCUUUUUGAUUUUUCCCUUUUUAAAUUGACCACAAGGCUUGGUCUUAGGAUCAAUUCUGCAUCUGCAUUGACUACCAUAAACACACGUAAAACAAUAGCGUGCAAUCAUCUCGGCGAUUGUGCGAGACAGAACAUUUCUAUUGUGUUUGUUCUUGUUUGCUGGAGUCCAAUCACUAAGCUUGUUAUGAUCACAUUUCCAGAUCUCACGUUUCGUUGUUCGUCCUGUACCGGGGCUGCAAAUUAAAAUAUUUUUGUUAAUUUGAAUGAUUUCACACAGACUUUAGUUACAAUUAAGAUACAAAUACUGUUAACAGUGAGAGCUAAUAAUCACCAAAUAGCAUUCUGGCAAUUCCAUCAUAAUGUUAAGUGGAUAUUAAACUUUUUUUUUUUUUGCUUGAGCUUCUCUUUUAAAGAGAUCUUGCCAUGUGUAUAUGUAUAUUACAUUGUAAUGUAUGAAAUUGAUUCAUGAUGAUAAAUAAUUAAUGUUCUUUUAUUGACUAGACUCAAUCCUACUACUAACUACAAUACAUUCUUACUCAACAAGCAGUGCUUUAUCUAAAACUAAUAGAUUUUAGUAUAACACUCAUAUUAAGUCUUGUUUACAUUCAUUCACAUUCAAAAGGCAUUUAGCACAGGUUUAUAUCAUGAACAAUAUUUAAAAGUGCCCAAUAUUAUCUUGUCUAUUGAUUGGAGCCCUAGAACUUUCUAUUCCUGAACAAACAAUACAUUAUGUCCAAGUUGACAUUAUUUACUUGGUUUUUAUUUUAAGACACUUGUAUGAACGAAAAACAGAGAGAUGAACUAAACACAAGGGCUGAAGCAAGUGCUCGUACCAUUACCAUUGGAAAAUGAAUAGAGAUUAAUAACUGGGCAAAUUCAAAAGGAGCUUUAAGUUUUCUGGGUUUGACUUACAAAACCCUCCAUUUGUGACCCGGCCUCUCUAUAGCAACACUUUCUCAAACACACCCCCACACACACAUACACACCCCCACACACACACACACACACACACACACACACAAAGUUACUGUGAAACUCUGAGCAGCAAGUUCAGGCUUUCAUUCACUGAGUCAAAAAGAUCUGAGUACACUGGUCUGUGAAAACCACAUGAUGACACUGAAGACUCAAGAUAUUCAUCACACUAGCUGUUUUCCAUCCAUUCUGGAUUCCUACAUGUAUUCUGAAGGCUUGGGAAAGGCAGUGUCCGUGGCCAAAGUAGUGACGCAGAUGAAAAAGCUGAAAAGGGAGAGAGUUCAGCGCCCUGUGUCUGCUGCUGAGCUCCAAAAAAAGAAAGCUCUUCAAGAACAGCGCCAUCUUGAGUCGUAUCGCCGGCUUCACCGCCUGAAGGACAGCUUGUCCCACAGAUACGCCGAGCUGCUCACAGAGAAGGUCCAAAGACAGCGACAAGAGAUGAAACAGCACAACUCAGCUCAUGUAAAAACUGCAGAAAAACACAAUGGACAGAGCUCAAGAGGCUUCCAGGAGCUUGUUGGUUCAACCCUUAAAGAUAAUGCUGCAUUCCUGAAGUCUUUACCUAAGACACGUUAUUACCUGAUCUUGGAGCUCCAGAGGCAACUGGGCCAGCGUGAUUGUCUACAGGGUAUCAGGGAACAGGAGGUGUUCAGGUCCUGGGUGGACCAGAGCAAAACCGCACAACUAGAGAAACAACUACAGCAAAUGGAGCUUUCCAGUAAGUCUGCUCCAGAGCUGAAGUUAGAGGAUUCGCUAAAGAAGAAAUUAGAAGUUCUACCAAAGAUACAGAUCUCUCUUGAGGAAAGUGACAAUCAACAGGAACACCAUGAUGCAUUAUCAGAGAGUGGAGGAGGAGAACAGGUCAGCACUCCAUUUCUCCAGGGCAAACAAAUCCAGGAACAGGAUGAAACUGAGCUAAGGUUUCCCAGUGUGUUCUUGCAGGAGUUACAGGUACCCAGGUUUUCCACUUUGCAGCCCAGCUUCUUGGAAGCCUUCAGGACCAACAUUGUUCCUUUGAGAGCUAAUGAGCCACUUCACAAAUCAAAAACUUCAUCUGUAACUCAGCGCAAGCUACGUCUCAUGCACAGCCUGUCUCUUUUCAACAUGGCUCAGUCUCGUAGGUUACUGAUUAAAAAUGGACUGAUGCCGCAGUAUGAUAAAGGAUACAGCAUCCAAGACAUGAUGGAGCAUGUACGUCCAAAAAUAGUCUCAACUGAAGAACUGAGAUGUUGUAGUGAGCCUCCACUUCCACCCCAGUUGCUGAAUCACACAGCAUCUGAAUCCUCUGUAUGCAUUAAAGAGGAAAUGAAUGCACACGCUGAUCAGAUGGCCAGCUCUGAACAGUCUGCAAAAGAACUGCAAAAGAGCUGCAACAGAGCCAGCAGUGACAAGAUUCCCCUGUCCAUGGAGGAUAUUUAUUCAUGUAGCAUUUUACUGGGUAAAUCAUUUGACAAGAAGAUGUGGAGCAAUUAUGCAUAGUGAAAUGAUUUCAGCCUUUCAGAACUGCAGCUGUUAUGGCCUACAGAAGUUUUUUUUUUCCCCCAGAAUAGCAAUAUAUUGUGAUUGUGUAUGCAAUUUCAGCACAAUAGUAUUGCCAUGUCAGAGCACCAAAACUAUUUCCUUUUGGAGGGCAUAAUGGUGGGAGCAAUUAUAAGGUAGUUUCUCUAUAUAGGCCUAAUCAAUGGAUAAUUAUUAAUGCUAUAACACUUAAGAUAAUGUUGCUCGAAAGGUUACUUAAUUUUCUUAAAUAAAGAUUUGAAAAUUCUUAAUUUAUUUGUGAUGUCCAAGAUAUGUUGAAGGGAUAUCUGCUCAUUGAUCAAAUUUCAGAUAGGAUAAAUACAAUUAAGUGCAAUUAAGUAUAUAACUGUGUGGCAUUUUAUUUAUUAAUUGAUCUAAAUGAUUUAAAAUAAUUGAGAAAAUUAAUAAUUU